AUGGCAAAAGGAAGACUGGAGAGUCUAUUGAAAAGACUCAAAAGAACACCAGAGCUUCUAUCAGCCUACCAUAAGGAAAUAGACCAGCUUCGCGUCCAAAACUUCGUAGAGGAGGCAGACCAGAACUACGAAGGACUCCACACUUAUCUGCCACACCAUCCUGUCAUCCGACAGGACAAAAAAUCCCCGAAGAUUCGACCGGUAUUCGACGGGGCGGCAAAAUCGAAGUAUGGCCCAAGCAUCAACGAUGUCUUGGAAACCGGCCCGAACCUAAACCCCGAUCUGCUAGCCGUCUUAAUGCGAUUCCGUUUGAACAAAAUCGCAUGGAUAGCAGACAUCGAAAAAGCUUUCUUAAACAUCGCCCUGCAUCCUGAAGACGCCGAGGCUGUCAGAUUCCUGUGGAUAACGGAGCCAGAAACGCCAAAUUGGCCUCUAGUGGCAUACAAGUGGAAACGUGUCCCAUUUGGGCUCAGCUCCAGCACAUUUUUGCUGCGAGCUACCCUAAACAAGCACCUAGACGGCAUGGAAUCAAUCUACUCCACCACAGUAAGACAGCUCAAGGAGCAAAUUUAUGUUGACGACUACCUUGGAGGCGCCGACAACAUCUCCACAGCCAAAACCAGGAUACAAGAGACAAAAUCCAUCUUCCAGGAGGCAAAACUCAACAUUGAAAAGGGGCUCAUCAACCCCAUAGUGAAAAUUUUUACUCAGAAACUGGAAGAAGGUCAGCCUAAGGUCCUAGGGAUUCGAUGGGAUACCGAAUCCGACACCUUCCAGUUCGAUCCCGCACCUAUCAUCGAAGCUGCGACGGAAUUGGGAGAACUAAAACUUUGGGAAGCCGAAAUUGACUGGGAUGUGGAAGCGCCUCCUGAAAUACGGAAGACAUGGAUAGCAGCCAUGACUGGGUUGAACGAGUUUGCCAACCUAAAAAUCCCACGUUGGAUAGGCUACUCGAAAAGGGUCAUACAAAAUGCAGAAAUUCAUGUCUUCGGCGACGCAUCCAAGACCGCUUAUGGAGCCGUUGCCUACGCAAGGCUACAAAGCAAAAACGGCGACACAAUCAUCCAAUUUCUUGCUAGCAAGACAAAAGUGGUGCCUCUCCCAAAGAAAAAAGUAACCUUACCAAGACUGGAGCUAUUAAGCUCACUUCUGGCGGCACGAUUGGGAGAAAAACUCAAGAACUUUCUCCACAUCGAAUCGUGGCGAACUAUAUUCUGGGCUGACUCUCUAGUGGCACUUGGCUGGAUCCGAGGAGACACCAACAGGUGGAAACCAUUCGUCAGGAACCAAGUCCAAACUAUUAAGAAACUUUCUGGCCCAAAUUGGUGGCGGCACUGUCCAGGCGUCGAAAAUCCAGCGGAUCUCGCCUCGCGGGGAGCGCCAGCCGUAACGCUGGUACACUCCAAGCUAUGGUGGAACGGACCAUCAUGGCUGAAAGAAGACGAAACCAAAUGUCCGGAUUCAACGCCCGAGGUAGAAGAACCCAGUGUUCAUGAAAGAAUCGAAGCGGAAGCAAAAUCGAAAACCGUCACCAUGUCGGUAGCUUCCGUGGAACCAGCCACUUCAGUGGAAUGGCAUCUGGAUCUAAUUCCGUCUUGGAAUCGACUACUCAGAAGAACUGCUUGGAUACUGAGAUUCGCCUCCAAAAACCGCCCCACAAACGCCACACAAGUGAAGACUCCAAUCAAGACAGGAGACGGAAAACAGAUAAUGGAAGAACAUCUAAAAACCAAAUCAGUCUGGCACGCCUGCGUCAAGUGCCAACGUCUAUCUUCACCGCCAUUCAGAGAAAUAGCUGCACCUCUACCGAUUAAUCGACUGAAACAAGCGAAAGCCUUCGAAAUCACGGGUGUUGAUUUCGCAGGGUCGCUAUAUUACAAACACCCAACAUUGCGCAAGAAACGCAAGCAAACGGACCCUACAUCCUCCACGGAUCCCUCGUCAACGGAUGGUUCGGCUUUGGAGCCUACGGUAGAGCCUCCAGCGAUGGAGCCCAUUGAAGAACCUCCAACCACAGAACCAACGGAGGAAAACAAAGAAAACCUCCAAUUGGACGAAUUCUCAGCCAAAAAGAAAGGCAUAAUUAAACAGCCAAAGAGCUAUGCCUGCCUAUUUAUUUGUGCUGUAACGAGGGCCGUCCAUCUGGAGCUAACAAAAACGAUGUCCGCGCGCGACUUCCUCCUCGCAUUUCGAAGAUUUUCCGCCAGGAGGGGUAGCGUCUCCAUCAUGUAUUCGGACAAUGCCCAAACAUUUAGAUGCGUCUCGAAACAUUUGAAAGUCUUAAGAUCCGACCCAGCGAUCCACGACCUUCUGGCAAUGCGGAAAACCGAAUGGAUUUUCUCGGCCAGCCUAGCCCCAUGGUGGGGAGGGUUCUGGGAGCGCAUGGUGCGGACGAUGAAGGAUUUGUUUAGGCGCUCCAAUGGUCGUGCAUGUUUGGAAUACGACGAGAUAGAGGUUAGUCUCAUUGAGACCGAGAGCGUGGUGAAUGCACGGCCACUUACCUACGUGGCAGAAGGGAGCGACGACCCGCUCCCCAUCACCCCGCACCAGGAGUAUGUCAGCGAUAUCUGCGAACGAUUUGUGACGGACUACUUUCUCCAAAUCGACAAGUUCCACUGUAAAGGAGGACCCGGCCGCAAGAUCCAGGUAGGAGAAGUUGUCAUCAUUCACGAUGACAACACUAAGCGCCUUAUGUGGACGAUAGGAGUUGUGAAGGAGAUAAUCACUAGUAGGGACGGGUUGAUCCGUUCGGUUAUGGUCAAGACGCUGAACGGGAACCUUAUCAACCGUGCCAUUCAAUCGUUACACCCCUUAGAGCUACGUGAGGAUCAGCCGGACGACGUCGAAAUUCCACCUACGCCAGAGCUGGAAUUGGAACCAGAAGAAGCAACUCCACCCGUGGCCGCCGCAGAUCCAGUCGAGCAGGAAGAGCCGUGGACCACGGGCUCUGGAGGCCACCAUUUUACAAUUUAUUUUGUGUAA